AUGGCAGCUAGCGUCACUGGAACUCAUGCCAAGGCAAGGUCUGCCCCCACCCCGCCACACUGCUCCCUGAGAUGCGAUAAGCUCUGUCCCUCGGUGCUGAGUGACCCUGUACGUAUCCUGCCUGCAGAUGACAGACCCCCACUGCCUGCUCCAUUUGAACAUCGUUGUGUGUCAUUUCGAACAGGACCGGUCAGCAGUCUGUACCAGUUCAAACUCCAUGAGGUCCUGGGAGGGGGUCGCUUUGGCAGUGUCCACCAGUGUACUGAGCGAUCCUCUGGUCUCCAGCUGGCCAUGAAAAUUAUUAAAGUCCCAUCUGCCAGAGAGAAGGAGAGUAUCACCAAUGAGGUGCAGGUGAUGAAUUUGUUGAACCAUGUCAAUGUCAUUCAGCUGUACGAUGCCUUUGAGGCAAGGAGUGAGAUGGUUCUCAUCAUGGAAUAUGUGGAAGGCGGAGAGCUCUUUGAGAGGAUUGUUGAUGAAAGCUACAGUCUGACAGAGCUGGAUGCGAUGGUGUAUGUGAAGCAGAUCUGUCAGGGCGUACACUACAUGCACAACAUGUACGUGCUCCACCUGGACCUGAAGCCAGAGAAUAUCCUGUGUGUGGACCGGAAUGGUAAUCAGGUGAAGAUCAUUGAUUUUGGAUUGGCAAGGAGGUACAAGCCCAGAGAUAAGCUACGUGUGUCCUUUGGAACACCAGAGUUCCUCGCUCCAGAAAUUGUCAACUUUGAGCACGUCUCCUUCCCUACGGACAUGUGGAGCCUGGGUGUUAUCACCUACAUGCUGCUGAGUGGCCUAUCACCAUUCCUGGGCGAUAGUGAUGCUGAGACCCUCAGUAACAUCCUCACCACAAACUGCAACUUCGACGAUGAAGCUUUUGAAAACAUCUCGGAGGAAGGAAAAGAUUUUAUUGCGAACCUGCUAAUCAGGGAGAAAAGUGGGAGGCUCAGUGCUGCCCAGUGCCUGAAACACCCUUGGCUCAGCAACAUUGCAGCAAAAAGCAAACAGAGCAAGAUCCAAUUGAAGUCCCAGCUUCUGCUGAAGAAAUAUGUAAUGAAGCGGCUGUGGAAGAAGAAUUAUUAUGCCGUUGCUGCAGCGAACAGACUGAAAAAGAUCGGCAGCUGUGGAUCACUCACCGCUCUGACAAUCUGA